AAUAAAAAUGAGAAAUCAUCAACGAAGUCACACGCUCUGUAUCAGCGGCGCCGAGCUAUAUCGCCUCCGAGGCCCGACGAAAAUGGCGACGGCGCUACCCUCAUCGCCUCUCUCUUCCAUUACAAUCACGCUCAGAGCUCUCGGCGGCAACGUCGUCGGAGCAUUCCCCGCGACAACAACAAGAAGGACGAAAGCUCGUCUCUUCCCAAGUGACAACAAAGACCGGAACUUUGCGCUCGUGACCUCGGCUGCGAGAAACCAUUCGGCUGUGGAGACGAGCAAGAGAGGCGAGGGCAACGUCGCGCGUAGGAAGAGCGUUAGGGGUCCGGUUUUGAGCGAAGGGAGGGACGAGGAUGAGCAGCGCGGGCAGAUUUGUCCCGGGUGCGGAGUCUUCAUGCAGGACGAGGACCCGGACCUUCCUGGGUAUUACCAGAAGCGGAAGGUCGGUGAGGGAGGAGCGUCGGGAGAUGAGGAUGAGAGUGGUGAUGGUGUCGUGGAGGACCAUUUCGAAGAAGAAAUCGGGGAGCUUGGGGACGUUUUCCAGGGUCAAUUGGGGAUGGAUGGUGAGGUGGGAGGCGAGUUUGAUUGGGAGAGUGAUGGAUGGGAGGGGGAGUUCUUGGAGGAAAGCGAUUCGGAGGAUUUGGAAUUGGAUGGUUUCACGCCCGCUGGAGUUGGGUAUGGCAACAUCACGGAGGAGAUUGUGGAGCGACAGCAGCAGCAGAAGAAGAAGGAGAAGUUGUCGAAAGCCGAAAGGAAGAGAUUGGCUAGAGAGGCUCGGAAGGAGAUAGAGAAGGUCACGGUGUGCGCUCGAUGCCAUUCGUUGAGGAACUACGGGCAUGUGAAAAACCAAGCAGCUGAGAACUUGAUACCCGAUUUUGAUUUCGAUAGGUUAAUCACCACCCGUUUGAUGAAGCCCACUGGAAACGCAAAUUCUACUGUUGUGGUUAUGGUGGUUGAUUGUGUCGAUUUCGAUGGGUCUUUCCCGAAAAGAGCAGCAAAGACCUUGUUCGAGGCAAUUGAAGGAACUAAAAAUGACCCGAAGCUUAAUAAGAAGUUGCCCAAGCUUGUUCUUGUGGCUACAAAGGUGGAUCUGCUCCCUUCUCAAAUUUCGCCCCCAAGAUUAGAUAGUUGGGUCCGGCACCGUGCUAAGGCAGGAGGAGCACCUAAGCUAAGUGGAGUUUAUAUGGUCAGUUCUCGUAAGGAUUUGGGAGUGAGGAAUUUGUUGGCGUUCAUCAAGCAGCUGGCAGGUCCAAGAGGAAAUGUGUGGGUAGUUGGGGCACAAAAUGCUGGAAAAUCUACUCUAAUUAAUAUUAUGGCAAGGAAGGAAGGAGCAAAAAUCACGAAACUGACGGAAGCUCCCAUUCCUGGGACGACACUGGGUAUUUUGAGGAUUGGAGGGAUUCUGUCAGCCAAGGCAAAGAUGUACGACACGCCAGGGCUUCUUCAUCCAUACUUGAUGUCUAUGAGACUGAACAGGGAUGAGCAGAAAAUGAUCGAAAUAAGAAAAGAGCUACAACCUCGGACUUACAGAGUGAAGGCUGAGCAGGCUGUGCAUGUUGGUGGCUUAACGAGAUUAGACCUUAAUCAAGCUUCUGUAGAGACAAUUUAUGUCACGAUCUGGGCAUCUCCAAGCGUCUCUCUACAUUUAGGGAAAAUUGAAAAUGCUGAAGAGAUUUGGAGAAACAAUGUUGGCAUAAGGUUGCAGCCUCCAGUUGGAAAAGAAAGAGCCUCUGAAUUAGGCAAAUGGGAGGAAAGGGAAAUCAAAGUUUCCGGGACCAGUUGGGAUGUGAAUAGUUUGGACAUUGCAAUAGCUGGACUCGGUUGGUUUUCUGUAGGUCUCAAGGGUGAGGCAACCCUGUCAUUGUGGACAUACAAUGGCAUCGAAGUCACUUUACGAGAACCUUUGGUUCUAGAUCGGGCUCCUUUCCUUGAAAGACCUGGGUUCUGGCUGCCGAAAGCUAUAUCUGAAGCCAUUGGCAACCAAAACAAACUUGAAUCCAAGAGAGAGAAGGAACUCCAAGAGGAGACUGAUGAUUUGCUUUCUCAGGUCUCUGUUUGAAGCAUGAACGCCCUUUUGGCGAUGUAAUUGAGCAUUAAGGUCUGUGGCAGAGGUUUAUAGGCCAUGGGGAACAAUGCAGCCUUUUUGUGCCGAGCGCUUGGUUCAUGUGCCCACAGACAGAGCUCCCGCUUUUUGUCGGCUUUUUCAAACACCAAUUUUGGAUUCAGAAGGCAGGGGAGGUGCAAAUGAAUCAGUGUGAGGACUGUUGCUGCUACAACGAUGUCAGAAUCAGCUGUUAGAUGAUUGUAGAAUGAUUCAAACUAAAUGUAACAACUGGUUUUCUAUUCAAGGGGUUGAUAAAGAUGCAUCUCUUGAAAUUAUUCACGAGGUUUGCCGGCGCGAAAAUCUUCCUUUUCUUGAGGCAGCAUCACUUAAACCAGUGUCCCAUUUUUUACUCAACUAAGUAAGUUCUAGUUGCAUCUUAAUCUGCUAAUGUCGAAAGUAUUCCUGUGGAGGUAGGUGACCCUUUGGUUCAGGACAAUGACGUCCGAUCUAGUAAUUCUCGAUGGAAAAAUUGGGGAAGAGAUGACAGGUAGAGGUAGGUAACCCUUUUGAGUCUCCUGCUGACGGUAUCGAUGUACGGAGGAAAGUUGUCGAAGAGACUCGGUUAUAAAAAGUUCAGAAUUGGAAGGUGGUAUGUUCUCCGAAAUCCAAUCAGCAGUCACCUUAGUUCACUAUCGGACCCAGUCAGUGGCAUAAUCCUUAGAACAUUCUGUUUUCCUCAUCAUCCUAUACUCGACUCAUUUGACGUUGAGAAGAUGGCGAGGUAUCACAACGCGGCUGGAAGUAACAAAGUUGUCAAAAUGGCCGUCCCAAAAUACUAUGAAACGUCCCUUUGCGAAACUACAGCUCUGUACGAUGAAACAUAUGAAAACAGAUGCACGAAUAAGGUAGGCUGAACAAGUAGAUUUCUCUUUUCUUUUUCUAGUUGAUUGUACACUUUGAUUUUUUUACAUUUUCACAAAGUGCCUUUGGUUAAGAAAGGAAAAUACAUGGCAGAGGGUCAAGGGCAAGAUAAAGCGACCUUGCUCUACAGAAAGAAGCUACAGGAAACAGGAAAAAAAGCUACCCCAGUAGCGAUGCAAGCCUACUCUGAAGAACUAUCCUGAGAGGGAACUUCAGCGAGGCUGUUGGAUGAAGCGGGGGCUGCAUUUUGCAUUCACAUUCUUGGCUGGCUUCUCCGCAUAUUUUGCCGGUUCUUUCUUUGUCCAUUGGCGUUCAACGUCCAAAGACUUCAACAAGUCUGCAUUCUGCUUCAUUGGCGCAAUAUCUUGAAGGCCUGCUAAUUCGGAGAAAACAAGAAGAAAGACCAUUAUUUGUUAGGAGUUCAACAUAACCAAAGAAGACCCAACAAGUUUAAGCAAGUAUGCCCUCUUCUGCAAGUAUGGCUUUCUCAUAAAAGCUGUAGAGCUCCUUAAAUCUACAUCAAAUGAAGUUUUUCUAUUCCAGUCUUGGAUUUGUGAUCAGUUUUGAUAUAGAUUAGGAUGGAGAGAUCUUUUCGCUUGCUUUGGUCCUAUACUUUUUAGACGCUGGGCAUAAGCUUAUUUUGACUGAAAGGAUAGAGAUGGAGUUAUCAUGAGAAAAGUUACAAACAAUGAACAUUCUCCCAACAAGGACUUCCAGGAAUCUAGCAGUAUACCUUUUCCGCUUGUUCCAUCGAAUGGUGGAAAACACAAUUCGUUCCCCUCAGACUCAGCAAAUUGGAUGAACUCCUCGAACUGGGAUUCCAUGAUGGAAAAAUCUUCAGCAUUGAGAUCAAAGGUAUCUGGAAGCAAAUCUGCCACGUAGCUACCAUGAGGUUCAUCCUCCAAGUCCACAUUGUCAUAAA